AUUACGCACCACGUGCAAUAAACAAAAUGGCGGAUUGCUUGGAAAAUUAAAGGUUUUGCCAAAAAUGGGUAAAAAAGUAAAGGUUGGGAAGCGAAGGAAGGAUAAAUUCUAUCACUUAGCAAAAGAAACAGGUUACAGAGCACGUUCUGCCUUUAAGCUGAUUCAAUUAAACAGAAAAUUUAACUUUUUACAAAGUUCUCGUUGUCUGAUUGAUCUUUGUGCUGCACCUGGAGGAUGGCUUCAGGUUGCUUCAAAUUUUAUGCCAAUCUCAAGUCUCAUUGUUGGUGUUGAUUUAGUAUCGAUUAAACCAAUCAAGAAUGUUAUUACAUUCCAAGAUGAUAUAACAUCAGAAAGCUGUAAGCAGCGCUUGAAAAGAGAGCUUAAAACAUGGAAAGCUGAUUGUGUUCUUAAUGAUGGAGCUCCUAAUGUUGGUUCAGCAUGGGUUCAGGAUGCUUUUUCUCAAGCUGAGCUUACACUUAGUGCCUUAAAACUGGCUACAGAGAAUCUUAGAGAAGGAGGAUGGUUUAUCACAAAGGUGUUUAGAUCAAAGGACUAUCAGCCAUUAUUGUGGGUUUUCCAACAGCUGUUUAAAAAAGUUCAUUCCACUAAACCACAGGCUUCAAGAAAUGAAUCUGCAGAAAUUUUUGUUGUCUGUGAGGGAUAUUAUGCUCCACAUAAGAUUGACCCAAAGAUGCUUGAUUCAAAACAUGUUUUUAAAGAAGUUCAACAAGAGAAUGUUAAGAAACCAACAAUUCUUAACCUUGAGAAAAAGAAGCGUGCAGAAGGCUACAAAGAAGGCGAUACACUGUUCAAUACAUGUAAAGUAUCAGAAUUCAUUGCAAGUGAUUCACCAUUAGAAUUAUUGACAGAUGUCAAUCAGAUUAUUUUUGAUGACAAGAAUAUAUUAAACCAUUCAACAACAACAGAGGAAAUCAAACUUUGUUGUAAGGAUAUCAAAGUCCUUGGUCGACCAGACAUCAAAAAUAUUUUAGCAUGGCACAAAAGUUUAAGGAAAGAGUUGUAUCCCAAAGAUAAGUUAGACAAAGAAAAUGAAAAUGACGAAGAAGAUGAAGAGGAGGUAAUACAAAAUACUAUCAUCUCUCUAAAAGAAGAAGAGGAUGCUGAAGUUAAAAGGAAAAAGAGAAAAGCCCAACAACAGAAACAAAAGUUAAGAGAGAAAAUGAGACUCAAAAUGGUUCUCCCCGGAGAUACUAAAGACAUUGAAGAAGAUGCAGAAAUCUUUUCACUGAACAAUGUUAGAAGUAAAAAGCAUCUAGAGGAGAUUGAUGACAUUGGUCCCAAUGUGAUGGAUGAUGGUGCAGCAGGCGUCUAUGAUAGCGAUAAGGAAGAAGUUGAAUUGGAUGAGCAGACAGAUGAUGACAGUGAUGAUGAUAAUGAUGAUGCUAUGGAAUCAGAAGAUGACGAUGACAAAGAACCUGUUAUUGAAGACAAGAUACCAUUAGCAACUACUACGAAUAAAGAAAAAAAUCCCUUGGUUGUUGAUCUUGUCCCUGAAGAAUCUUCCAAAUUAAAAGCAGACAAGUGGUUCCAAAAGGAUAUUUUCAAAGGCCUAGAAGAUGAGGAAGAUGAAGAUCUUGAAAUCAGUCAAAUGCUGGAAGAUUAUACAAAAAAGGGAGGGAAGCUAGUUGCUAAAACCAAAAUGACAGAAAAUCAGGAUGGCAAACCCAUAGAAACUCCUAAAAAGAAAGCAAAAUUAGAUGAAAACAAAAAUACUUCGCAUGAGACAAGUAGUGAUGAUGACAGUGAAACAAGCGACUCUGAGAGUGAUUAUGAUAUGGACGCACAAAUAACUGACAAAAAAGACAACAAACGCAAUGACUUUGAGGAAGUACCACAAGAAUCUUCAAGUUCAUUUGCAAAGAAGCUAACUCCGGAAGGACUUGCACUUGGAGCACAAAUGGCUUUUUCACGGAAAAGAAAAAGAGAUAUAAUAGAUGAUUCAUUCCAUAGGUGGUCUUUCAAUGAUGACAAUCUACCUUCUUGGUUUACUGAACAUGAAGGAAAGCAUUACCAAAGAACCCUUCCAGUCACCAAAGAACAAGUGCAAGACUACAAAUCAAGAUUACAAGAAAUUAAUGCAAGACCAAUCAAGAAAAUAGCUGAAGCAAAAGGCAGAAAGAAACGCAAGGAAAUGAGAAGAAUGGAAAGAGCACGUAAGAAAGCAGAAACAAUAUGUGAGUCAUCUGACGUUCCUCCUCAAGAAAAACUACGACAGAUUCAAAAUCUAUACAAGAAAGCUGCUGUCACCAAAAAGAAGAAAGAGCUGACUUACGUUGUUACAAAGAAACAUCAAGCUGCCAAGAAAAUGAGGAGACCCAAAGGUGUCAAAGGCCCUUACAAAGUAGUCGAUUCCCGACUCAAGAAAGACAUACGAUCGAAGAAGGAAAUGGACAAGAGAAAGAAUAAAAAGGCUGGAWAAAGUCACAAAAAAUAAUUUAUCACAUCAAUAAUGAACACAAGAAAUAUUAAGGAACUUGUUCCCUGAACCAUCAACAUUUGUUGAUGUCAUUGUUCUUGUUACCUCAGGCGCUUUUAAAAGACGGACAGACGCGUUUUUGGGCCAUGGAACGAUUUUAUUGAUACUACGCAAAAAUAUGUACACUCAGAAAACUAUGAAUAAAGAUUUUGAUAAUUAGAUUAGA